AUGGGAACUUCUGGGAAUGAGAAAGACUUUUCGACUGCUAUUCUUGAAUCGAAGACAAAGAAUACACUAAUCGUCUGUGAUAAGGAUUGCAGCAAGCUCAGGACAUAUCAGGUGGGCCUGAAUCCAGCAACACUCAACGAGUUGGAACUUUUUGAGUCGGACUAUGUCAAGAUAUUAGGGAAGAAGAAAGCAGAGCUUAUCUUUAGCACAGUUGCACUUGAAAGUGUUCCUCCAAAACACAUUGCAGUUGUUAGAGAUGGAAGGUUCAACCUGAGAGUAAGGAUUACUGACACGGUGAAGUUGUAUCGGGUGGACAAGGAUAUUCCUGUUGUCAGUAAGCUGAACUUCCUUCCGAUCAAAGACACGAUUGAGAAGAUUACAGGAAACAUCUUUGAUGAAUUUGUCAGGCCGUUUCUGGACUUUAACUUCAUGCCUCUUACUGUGGGGUCUAUUUACGGAGUUAGCUCUGGACUUGGAAGGGUUGAAUUUAAGGUUACCAAGAUGAUAGAUGCACAAGAUAUGGAAAUAAAACAUGGGUCUGUGACGUCCACAACAUCUGUAUAUUGUGCGGAAAGUAUUUCGCGGGAAGAGGUUGAAAAGGAGUUUAACAUGGUUGGAUAUGACGAUGUUGGAGGAUGUAGGGCACAAAUGGCCAAGAUAAGAGAGCUGGUUGAGCUUCCAUUGAGGCACUCUCAGUUAUACUCGAAGAUAGGGGUGAAGCCUCCAAAAGGGAUUCUAUUGUAUGGACCUCCAGGAACGGGAAAGACCCUAAUAGCAAGAGCCAUUGCAAACGAGACAGGGGCCUUUCUAUUUUUGAUCAACGGGCCUGAAAUCAUGUCCAAGAUGGCAGGGGAGAGCGAGUCGAAUUUAAGGAAGGCAUUUGAGGAGGCAGAGAAGAACUCACCGUCUAUCAUCUUUAUUGACGAGAUAGAUGCACUUGCACCUAAGAGAGAGAAGUCUCAAGGGGAAGUUGAAAGAAGAAUUGUAAGCCAGUUGCUGACACUCAUGGAUGGGAUGAAGGCAAGAAGCAAUGUGAUAGUUCUUGGGGCUACAAACAGACCUAACUCUAUUGACUCAGCGUUGAGGAGAUAUGGGAGGUUUGACAGAGAGAUUGAAAUAGGAGUUCCUGAUGAAACAGGAAGGUUGGAAAUUCUCCGAAUCCAUACCAAGAACAUGAAGAUGUCUGAGGAUGUUGAUCUAGUGGCUAUAAACAAAGAGCUACAUGGGUUUACCGGAAGUGAUCUGGCUUCACUGUGUAGCGAAGCAGCAUUGCAACAAAUUAGGGAAAAGCUUCCUCAGAUAGAUUUAGAUGACGAAAAGAUUGAUGCAAAGGUACUUUCUUCGCUAAAGGUCACCAACGACAACUUCCGCUAUGCAAUUGAGCAUACCGACCCAAGCUCCCUUAGAGAAACAGUGAUUCAGUCACCGAAUGUAAAGUGGUCGGAUAUUGGAGGGCUUGAACUUGUGAAGCAGGAGUUGAGAGAAACUGUCCAAUACCCUGUGGAAUAUCCGGAGAAGUUCAUAAAAUUUGGAAUGACACCGGCCAAAGGGGUCUUAUUCUAUGGACCGCCAGGAUGUGGUAAGACACUUCUUGCUAAGGCUGUUGCCACCGAGUGUAAAGCUAACUUCAUAUCCAUCAAGGGUCCCGAGCUCCUUUCGAUGUGGGUUGGAGAAUCUGAAUCGAAUAUUAGGGACUUGUUUGCUCGAGCAAGAGGUGCAGCACCUUGUGUUUUAUUCUUUGAUGAAAUAGACUCGAUUGCAAAGGCUAGAUCUGGAAACGAUGGAAGUAGUGGAGUUACAGACAGAAUGUUAAAUCAGCUUCUUUCGGAAAUGGAUGGAAUAAACCAGAAGAAGAAUGUGUUUGUGAUUGGGGCAACUAACAGGCCAGACCAGUUGGAUAGUGCUUUGAUGAGGCCAGGAAGACUUGACCAGCUUGUUUACAUUCCAUUGCCCGACCUCGAGAGCAGAGUUUCGAUACUGCAGGCCACCCUAAAGAAAACACCUCUUUCACCGGACAUUGAUCUUCGGCAACUGGCAGAGGCUACCGACAAGUUUUCUGGAGCAGAUCUUUCGGAAAUAUGCCAGAGAGCAUGUAAGUUGGCCAUAAGAGAAACAAUCGAGUACGAGCUUGAGCAAAGGAAGAAGGGUUCUGAGAUGAUGGAUCUUGAGGAUCCUGUGCCUUAUUUGAGGCCUGACCAUCUUGUACAAGCUUUGAAGACGGCAAGACGCAGUGUGUCUGAAAAGGAAAUUGAGCGGUAUGAGGCCUUUGCAAGGUCAAUGAAGGUCGAUGUAAGGAAGUUUGAUAAAAAGAAGGACUUCAACGAUGACGGGCUUUACGAAUAA